AUGACGACAGCAGCAGUUUUUGGCUCUACAGGAGCAGUGGGCGGUCAAAUCCUCGCUACACUCCUUGCCUCAGACGCAUUCUCAUCCGUCAAGACUGUAUCAAGGAGAUUACCGAAUGCACAGUCUCCAAAGCUCCAAACCCUCGAAGAGGGUGACAUCACAAAAUGGGGCGGCCUGAUUGCGUCCCUUUCCCCCAAACCAUCAAUAGUCUUCAACGCAGUCGGCACCACCAGAGCUGCAGCCGGCGGAAUCGCGAAUCAAUGGAAGAUCGACCAUGAUUUAUGCAUAGAGAACGCCAAAGCAGCUAAGGAGGCAGGAGUGAAGACGUACGUGUUUAUCUCCAGUGGAGGGACGAGGGGCUUUUUCUCUCGAUAUGUACCCUACUCGAAGAUGAAGAUUGGUGUGGAGGAUGCCAUCAAGGAACUUGAUUUUGAACAGGCCAUUAUUCUGAGGCCAGGUUUGAUCCUCCAAAGGGAAAAGCCCAAAGCUGCGUUGUUGGAGAACAUUGUUCAGAACCUUAAUAAGCUCGGACAGGGUGUCCAGGACAUGAUAGGUCAGGACCAAACUGUCAUCGGCAGAGCAGCUGUUGCAGCUGCCCGUAUGGCAGAAGAGGGGAAGGCACCGUCCAAAUACUGGGUUCUUGAACAAGCCGAUAUUGUAAGGUUGGGCAGAGACGAGUGGAAGCAGUAA